AUGGCACCUCCAGGUUUUACUCCAAGAGGCAGAGGUGGGGGCCGUGGUGGAUUUGGUGAUCGAGGAGGUCGUGGUGGAUUCAGUGAUCGAGGAGGCCGUGGUGGAUUCGGUGAUCGAGGAGGUCGUGGCGGUUUUGGUGGACGAGGAGGAGGCCGUGGUGGUUUUGGAGACAGAGGAGGCCGUGGCGGUUUCGGAGAUAGAGGCCGAGGUCGUGGUGGCGGUGGCAGAGGAGGUCGCGGUGGUAUGAGAGGCGGAGCAAAGGUUGCAGUUGAGCCCCACAGAUAUGAAGGUGUGUUUAUCGGGAGAGGUGGCAAAGAAGAUGUCUUGCUGACCAAAAAUUUUGCCGUGGGUGAAUCUGUGUAUGGAGAGAAGAGAAUAUCAGUUGAGGAGGGUGAAACUAAAGUUGAAUACAGAGCCUGGAAUCCAUUCAGAUCCAAACUGGCAGCAUCUAUAGUUGGUGGUGUGGGAGACAUUCACAUAAAACCUGGCUCUAAAGUUUUGUACCUUGGAGCGGCAUCAGGUACCACAGUCAGCCAUGUGUCAGACAUUGUUGGAGCGGAAGGUCUAGUCUAUGCGGUUGAGUUCUCACACAGGAGUGGUCGCGACCUCUUGAAUGUAGCCAAAAAGAGAACGAACAUCAUUCCUAUCAUUGAAGAUGCCCGUCACCCACACAAAUACAGAAUGCUUGUUGGUAUGGUGGAUGUCAUAUUUGCUGAUGUUGCCCAACCAGAUCAGGCAAGAAUCGUGGCUGUAAAUGCUCACAGUUUCCUAAAGAAUGGAGGCUAUGUAGUCAUAUCUAUAAAGGCUAAUUGCAUCGAUUCAACAGCCGAGCCAGCAGCUGUCUUUGCUGAUGAGGUGGAGAAGCUGAAGCAGGAGAAAAUCAAACCCCUGGAACAGUUGACUUUGGAGCCCUAUGAAAGAGACCACGCAGUUGUGGUUGGCAAAUAUAGACCGCCACCCAAGAAGUAA